AAUACAAGAAUUGGAAAAAGAAAAAAAGUUACUUGAGAAAGAAAAUCGUCAAUUAAAUACAAAAAAUACUUCCCUUCGUGAUAGAAUACAAGAAUUGGAAAAAGAAAAGGACUCCCCUACUAAACUUAACGUUAUAACUUCAUUCUCUUCACCAGAUCAAGAAAUUCCUAUUUCUAAUCAAAAAUUAGAUAACUCGGUUUAUAUUACUUUUAAUGGAAACGUGCCUCUUUCUGUUCUACCAAAUCAAGAUAUUAAUACUUCGUCGUCGCCUAAUCAAGAACUAAGCGAUUCACUUUAUAAUACUACUAAUGAAACCACACCUCUUUCUGUUCUACCGGAUGAAGAUAUUAAUACUUCGUGGUUUAAUCAAGGACUAAACGAUUCACUUUAUAAUACUAUUGAAAACACACCUCUUUCGUUAAAUCAAAAUCUAAAUACAUUUUUUACAAUGCUAUCGAAUCAAGAAAAUAAUACUACAUGUAUCAGUAGAAACGUAUCUCUUUCGCUAGAUCAAAAUCCAAAUAUAUUUUUUAUAAAUCCACUAUUUUCUAUUUCUUCACCGAAUCAAGAUAAUGAGAUGAAUACUUCGUCGCCUAGUCAAGAAAUACCUUAUUCUUAUACACCUCUUUUUUCUUGA